AUGGCUCCCAAAGCCGCCUCGUCGUCUUCUCACUCGAAGACGACGCCUGCUUUCCCAGGGAAGACACACAAGAAGCCUGCUGCGAAGCCAAAAUCUCCCCUGUCCGACGCCGACCGCCUGAAGCGUCUCUUCACCUCGCUCUGCGCGCAAAUCGACGGCGCGCACUUCGCGAAUGCGCUCAAGACUUGCGACAAGAUUCUGCGCAUCGACUCGCGCGAUCCCGAUGCGCUGCAGACUAAGCUUUUCCUGCUGUUGCAAACGGACCAGUAUGCGCCUGCUCUUGCACUCGUGGAUAGUCUGAGGGAGGGGCAGACGGACAAAGGGAAUGCAUUUGACUAUGAGAAGGCAUACUCGCUGUACAGACUACAUCGCGAGGACGAAGCGACGGAGAUCGUAGGUGCUCUCAAGCGGCAGCGGAAGGCGGAGGAUGAGAGCAGGAGCGCGUUGCAUCUUGAGGCACAGCUGGCAUAUCGUCAGGGAGACUACCAGACAGCAUUCGAUUUGUACAACUCGCUGUUGGAUACAGCGGAACCGCACUCUGACGAACAAGCCGACAUCCUCACGAACCUCACAGCCGCACAAUCGCAUCUCGACUUCCUCACCUCUGGCUACCUUUCUGCGCUCUCCGCACUUUCAUCUGCAGUUGCCGAAUCGCUCGAGUCGGCACCGCCGCCCGCCGCUCCCUCCACGCUCCCCUAUACGGCACGCGAGGCAGAACCGCAAACGAAGGACGCAGGUGAGCCGCAGCCCAAGAAGCUCCGCGCGCGGCGCAUACCCAAGGGGGUGGUGCUUGGCGUUACUCCCAUGCCUGAUCCCGAACGUUGGUUAAAGAAGAGCGAGCGCUCGAGUGCCCAGUACGGACAUGGCAAGCGGAGGAGAGGUGGUGGAGGUGGGGCGACGCAAGGCAUCGUGGAGACCCCUGUUGCGCCACCCGGGGGAGGUGGUAAGAGCAAAAAGAAGGGAAAGAAGUAG